AUAAAAAAAUGUUGAUCUCGGAAGGAUCAAUGAUAGAAGGGAGUGUAGACGAAUAUCCUUUAACAAUCCUAACACAGUACGAAGCAACAAUGAUAGCCUCUGUCCUUGAGGAAUGCGUAGAUCAACUGGCUGUCUUACGGCAUGCCAUACCAGCAGAGAUCGAUGAUCGUUGGGACGAUAUCGUGAAACCUAUUAAGGAGAAAUAUGGUGCCUUGGAAGAACCCCAUAUAAUAAUCAGAGAGGAAACUAAUUUGCCACCAUUGAUAUUGUCGAAGGCAGCAAAACUUCAGAGAGACAGAACUUAUAUGUACAAGAUUCUAAAGAUGACUCUCGAUGAGAUCAAACGUUACCAAAAAUUCGACAUCCUCAAAGAAGAGGUAAAUGAUAUUAAGAAGAUGUUGGAGGACGAGUACAAUCUCAAAGAAACUUGUACGUUCUGGGAGAAUCAAGUUAAUCAAUUACGCCAAUUGAUCAAAGACGAAACGAACCAACAGGAACGUGAGAAAAGGCAAUUGCUGAAAUUGGCUCAAAUGACAAAAGCUAAAGUCGAUGAUAUUGUAUACGAGAUGGCAUUGAAAAUGGGUUACGUAGACAAGUGGGAAAAUGCAAGAUUUACUCAGCAUUUGUUUAAACUGACAACGGAAGAGCAAAAUCUUUUGAAUGAAAUUGACGAAUAUCGAAAAAAGCAAAUCUUAGAGAAAAUUGUUACCGAAAAAAUAUGUGCUUAUCAACAAGAAAAUAUCAAAGAUAUGGAGAAUAAGAUGUUGGCAUGGUCCAAUCGAUAUGACGACGAAAUCGAACAAAGACAACGAGAUAUAAACGAUUUGAAGACAAAAGUUGAAGAACAGAAACUUGAAAUUCAAGAUUUACGUGUUAUGAAAGACGAGAGACAGGCAUUUAUAGACGAGAAUCUAGCUGAGAUAAGGAGAUUGGAAGAAGAAGUUAAAUAUCAAGCGAUUCUCCAUCGUGCCGCUACAAUAAUUCAAGCAGCAAUAAGGGGAUAUUUUGUGAGACACGAAUUGGGCGAGUAUAAAAAUCUUCGAGCACAAUUACGUAAGAGAAAAAAAUUGGCUGCCGCGAAAAGGAGGAAAUUGGAAGCACAACGAAAGAAAUUAGAAGAGGAAGAAAUGAAGAAAUUGAAAGAUACUAGAUUAAAAACAGGCAAGAUUAAGUGAGAAUAGAAAAAGAAGAAGAAGAAGAAGAAGAAGAAGAAGAA